UUCUGACACAUAUCAGUGGGCUUUUGACUGUGGUGCGUGUAAACUUUUCUCCAUGGUUCUUGGUCCUAUGCAGGAAUUUACUGGCGUGUGGGUGAGGGAUCCUCGCAUCCAGAAGGAGGAUUUCUGGCAUGCAUACAUGGAUUAUGAAAUCUGCAUAAAUACAAACAGUUUGGCUUUCACUAAGAAAAGUUCUUGUGUGCGGCGAAGAUUUCGCGAAUUUGUGUGGCUACGAAAAAAGCUCCAGGAAAAUGCCCUGCUCGUAACGCAUCUACCCAAACUUCCUCCAAAAAACCCCUUCUUCAGUCUCAACAGUGCCAGGCAAAUCGGCACCCGUAUGGAGGGGCUGAGGAAAUUUCUAGAAGCGGUCGUUCACAACCCGGUGCUUCUGUCAGAUAGUUGCCUGCAUUUGUUUCUACAAUCCCAACUGAGUAUCAAAAAGAUUGAGGCCUGCGCCGAGGGCAGGAGCCGCUACACUGUCUCUGAUGCCAUCCACAGUUUUGGCUCUGGAAUCAAACGCUUUGAUUCUGAAUUAGAGGAGGAUCCGGAGGAUGAAGACGUGCACUAUGAAUCAGAGUGAUUGACUUGCAUGUGUUAAAUAAAUACAGAGCCAAUCCAAAUUCAGAAAGGCAAUGCUGGGUGACAAGAGACAAUGAAAUUGUUACUAAAUCCAUAUUUCAUCAUGCACCUGUGUUCUUUUUAUGAUAAAUCUGCAUCGAAAAAUAGAAUGUAAUUAAACGUUAAAUUGUAUAAAAACACAUUAUGUGAACAUUAAUGUCUUGCUCGAGAAUCAAAUGAAUGUAAAAAACAUAACGUGGCCUCUGUGGAAGAUGGUUUGCUGUUAAAACUACAGAUGUGCGUUGAGAGCUUUAUGAGAGGAAAUUUACGCUCGCGUGUGAAGUCCCUUAAACGCAAUAACCCCAUCCUAACAAGCAAAUACAGGGCAUUAGGAUGUUACGUGAUUUAAACCCGGCCUCCGAGAGCUACAUCCAAAUAAUAAUCUCUACUCAAACAAUUUUAUAGCUAUACUUAGCCAUAAAAGAUCAUUGUCUGGAUGCCAUACAAAUUGAGCCUUCUAAUAAAUAUUCAACAAUUA